CAACGUCACGUGCAACAAGGGCGAACGUAUAAGAAUUAAUAAUACUGCCAUUGGCGUUGUUUGUUGUUGCGUUUGCUGGUUGAUCGGUCAAUAAUUUCGUGCGUUUUUUUUUAUUAGUUAGUUUCAACCUCAUCGCGAUGACCGUGACAACGUUUCGUGCUCCACUUUAUUUUAUAACGGUACUCGUCCUAACCUUUUGGAUCUCUUUCAUCUACCCAACUCAUGCUGCUUCUGAUUCACCACGGAGCUCCAGGCAUCCAAGACUGGCUUCCACUGUGCUCGAAGAUUUCGUCGCGGAUACAACGGAUAAAGGAAUUGAGAAUCAUGCAAACAUGUUAGAUCGAAGAUUGCAAGAGCGCAAACUAACGCAAGAGGAGAUGCGGAUCAUCGAAUCAUUCAUUGGCCUUGGUUUUAAAAGCAUCAUCGACGUAAUGACAGCCGUUGCCAAUGUGCUAAACGCUAGGUCAAAUAUCGACGGAGUUGAUCGAUUUAUGAAAGCAUUUAAUUCACUCUUCGGCUCAACGGGGAGCACCUCAAUCAAUCGCUAUUAUUAUCUGAUUGCUAACUUUUGGGUGGUUUAUGAUGCCACGGCAAUGGUUUUCCGUGCAUGGGAAAAUCGAAUUGCUGAAAGAAAAGACAAUGUUGAAGCUCAACAAGCGCAGGAUGAAACGAAUAACGCUGUUGAGGAAACAUUAGCUGCUUUAAGGGAAGCCAACACGCAACUGACUUCGUUGAGGGACAAUCUGGCCGAUUUGAUCCGGCGUCAAGAUAUUGCGAGAAGGGGCUUUGCUGGAAAACGAACUCCUUCAAAGAGAAAAAUGCAAAUUUCUUCGUCUUUGGAUGGCGUGGAGGACAACAACGACAAAGAAGAUGAGGAAGAGGUCGAAGAGGAAAAUUUGGUGGAGCCGUUUACAUCGGAAGAGGCGGUUCCGUUUAGGUACGAGCGCAACGACGGUGGAAGAACCGACUCCAACAUUCCACUGAAUCAAACAUUUAACGAGAAUGACAUCCCUGAUUGAACGAUAAUUUGAUCAAAUUUUUGGGUGUUAGGUAUUUAAAUUAACGAAUUACACAGUUGUUCAGUCAGUGCGGAUAACGUAACUUAAAGUGAUGUUUGAUGAUAUGCUCCAGGUUCUACCUAGCGAGACAUCUCACCAUUGCCUCUCAUGAUUCAGUGAUUUACGUAAUACAGUGAUAAAAUAUUUCGCAU